ACACCAUCAGUGAAUCUACUGGUACCGUUCUAGUAAGAUCAUAAGUAUCAGCAAUCAUCAUGUUUGUGCCGAUUGUCCUGGCGACGGUCUGCCUUGCCAGCAGCACGGUCUUGGCUGCAGCUAUUGACAAGCCUUUCUACGACGUGGAAGACGCCGAGAGCCUGUUCAAGGACUUUGUCCAAGAGCAUAACAAAGUAUACAACCGUAGAGAGUAUAACCAAAGGCUUGCAAUUUUCAAGAAAACCUUAAUAACUAUAAAUGAGCAAAAUGAGAAAUUUCCCGAUACUGUAUUUGCAUUAAAUCACUUCGCUGAUUUGAAGCCUCACGAGUUAGAAUGUUACCAUGGUUUUAAACUCCCAAAAGAUAUAAAUUUGACGAAUGUGGAAAUCACCGAGGGCUUGGAUAGUGCGCCUGAUUCAUUUGACUGGAGAAAACAAAAUAAGGUUACACGUGUUAAGGACCAAGGACGAUGUGGCAGCUGCUUCAUCUUCAGUGCUGUUGGCGAUAUUGAAGGGCAGUACGCCAUUAAACAUGGCGAGCUCGUAGCUUUCUCCGAAAAACAAGCUCUUGACUGCCUUAAUGUUGGAACUUGCCAAGGAGGAUACAUGAAAAGAGUUAUGCAGGAAUUAGCUUCAAAAUCAAUGAAGUUGGAGAAGGAAGGGGAUUAUCCCCCCUACGUAGCAGCCAAAGGAGAAUGUAAAAAUGAACCUAGCAAGGGAAUUGUCCAGUGCACAACAGGUGUACAGAAAGAAAUAAUGGACGAAGAACAGUUGAAGGCCGAAUUAGCCAACCGUGGACCUAUCUCAAUUGAAAGCGGCAAAAAGUAUUGGAUAAUCAAGAAUUCGUGGGGAACAGUCUUUGGCGAGGCAGGCUACUCAAUAAACACCAUGUUUGUGCCGAUUGUCCUGGCGACGGUCUGCCUCGCCAGCAGCACGGUCUUGGCUGCAUAUGACAAGCCAUACUACGACGUGGAAGACGCUGAGAAUCUGUUCAAGGACUUCGUCCAAGAGCACAAGAAAGUAUACAACCGAAGGGAGUAUUAUGAAAGGCUUGGGAUUUUCAAGGAAACCUUGAAAGACGUAAAUGAGCGAAAUGCCAAGUUUCCUGACACUGUGUUUGCUGUAAACCACUUUGCUGAUCUGAAGCCUCAUGAGCGGGAGCAAUACCACGGUUUCAAACUCCCAAGUGGAAACAGGACGAAAGCGGUACUCCCUGAAUUGCCUGAGGCCACGGCUACUGAAUUGGACUGGAGGAAAAAAGAUGCGGUAACUCAUGUUAAGAACCAAGGAGGAUGUGGAAGUUGCUAUAUCUUCAGUGCUGUUGGCGCAAUUGAAGGGCAGUACUCUAUUAAACACAAACAAUGUCCAGCCUUAUCCGAAGGACAGGCCCUUGACUGUCUUGAUUGUGGAACUUGCGCUGGAGGAAUAAUGGAUGCCGUUUUUACUGAACUAGCUCAAAAAAAUAAAAAGUUGGAGAAGGAAGCAGACUAUCCCUAUGAAGACUCCAAAAACGACUGUCAUGAAGAUAAGAGUAAGGGAGUUGCCUUGGUAACAGAUGGUAAAGAAGUAAAAAUCUCCAAUGAAGAAGAGCUGAAAAAAUUGUUGUCAAACUAUGGACCUCUAGCAGUUGGCUUGAACGCCGCGGACUUUCAUACUUAUCAUAAGGGAAUACUAGAACCGAACCUGUGCAAAGGGCAAGAUAUUGACCAUGGCGUGGUCUUGGUGGGAUAUGGAGAAGAGAAUGGAAAACAGUACUGGCUGAUUAAGAACUCGUGGGGAACGGUUUGGGGCGAGGAAGGCUAUGUACGCCUGCGGCGAGGAGUCGACGCGUGCAAGAUGGGUACUGGCUACACGGCUACCUGUAAUGUUGCAUAGCCUUGCCUUAAUCUUAAUCCUAUUGGCUU